AUGCCUAAACAAGACACCUACCAUCUUCAUCCCCUUGGAUGGGAGAAUGAUCCUAAAGAGGAAAGGUUCAAAGUGACUACGCUUGAUUACCUUACUGUAUGCAGCUACAAUAAUUACGCGCUCUUCUUCAGAUUGGAAGAAUCGGAGAAAUCGAAAGUUGUUGAAGUCCUCAAAUCUGGAUUGGAGAGAACUCUAGCGCAGGCGCGCCAUUAUUGCGGCACUAUCGAGAAAGACCCUGAUGGCGGCCAUUCUUUCACUAGAAAGAGAGAUAGCACUGUCGAUUUCAUCGUUCAGUGGCUUGACGCGCCCGAGGAUGCAGACAAGUACCCCUCAUUUGAAGACCUGGAGAAGACACACUUCAGUGCAGUGACACUUGGUGAUCUCCAGCAAUGGAGUGUGCCCCCAAUGACUUAUGGCGAGAAGCCAGAGGCCCAUCCCGAUAAUAGUCCUGUUGUUUCGGCCUUUAAAGCGAACUUUAUUCGUGGUGGGCUGGUCUUCAAUAUCCAUCAUCAUCAUUACACCAACGAUGUCAUGGGCUGGGCCGGCUUUGUCCACCAGCUCGCCGAGAAUUGUUACGCUACCAUAAAUCGUACCGAAUUCCCCAGUUGGAACCCUCUGAAUCUGGAUGUCUCCCGAUUGAUCAAAAAUGAGCCACAAGAAGAUGAAAAGAUUGAUGGUCCAGCUCCCCAAGAACGUCACCCAGGGCAUCAAGUCGGCGUGUCGCUGCUGUUUCAUUUACCCAAGAGCAAAGCAGCCGAGCUCAAAGCCAAGGCCAUGCCGAUUGAUGGAAGCUGGAUCUCAACAUACGAUGCAUUCUCUGCGUUCAUCUGGCGCAACCUUACUCGAAUCCGAGCCUCAGUCUUCAAUCCUGAUCCAUCAUCGACACUGUGGUGGUGCGAAGCCAUUGAUAUGAGAAGACGAACGCACAGUCCCAAAGUCCCACCUCGAAUCCAACACAAUGUAAUGUUUGCAGUGACUUCUCCUACCGCGCCUGUUCAACAACCUACCGUUUCUCAGAUAAUCUCUGAGUGGUCAUUCUCUGAGUUAGCUUCAUACAUACGCCACCUGACCGACAGUGUCACACAGGAGAAUCUCGAUAAGACGCUCGAGAUGGUCGCUACGAUUCGUGACAAGACGUCUCUCAAUGUUCGUGUCGAUGGACAGCCUCCAAUGUCGAUCCUGCAGACCGAUCACAGAGAUGCGAAAAUAACCGCCGCCGACUUUGGCUUUGCCAAGCCGGUUACAUAUCGCCAUCUGCUUGAUCGCAUUACUGAGGGUGUUAUUGUUAUCUAUCCACCGCGAGAUCCCUCUCCUGAGUCUGAUGAGGGCUGUGAGUUUGCGAUAUUUUAUGAGAAGAGAUUAGCAGAGGACCUUAUCAAGGAUCGAGAAUGGGCCGAAUAUUUCGAGUACAGAGGUGUCGACGCUGAAGAUGCUGGUCAUUUACAGAAGUAA